GGCACGUUGGGCCCGCUUCGCUCAAGGGAGUCGUUGCUUUGUUGUCGCCGACAAUGAGCUGCGCCCGGUGGGUGGCGUCUGGCUGCCGGUGGCGGCUGUGCUCCGGUGCCCCGCGACCCCUCUCAGGAAACAGCUCAAUUUUACUUGAGAGUAAUGAAGAAUAAACACUUGCAUUGCAGCUUAUGGAAGAAGAAUCAGUGUCAGAUUUUGCAGCUCAAGAAUGACUUUAGACAAUAUCAAUCGGGCAGCUGUGGAUCGAAUUAUCCGUGUGGAUCAUGCAGGUGAAUAUGGAGCAAACCGCAUCUAUGCAGGGCAGAUGGCUGUCCUGGGUCGCACAAGUGUCGGGCCAGUCAUUCAGAAAAUGUGGGAUCAAGAAAAGGACCACUUGAAAAAGUUCAAUGAACUGAUGGUUGCAUUCAGGGUCCGGCCGACGAUUCUGAUGCCCUUUUGGAACGUGGUGGGGUUUGCGUUAGGCGCAGGAACCGCCCUGCUUGGGAGGGAAGGAGCGAUGGCCUGCACUGUGGCCGUGGAAGAGUCCAUAGCACAUCACUACAACAACCAGAUCAGGACAUUGAUGGAGGAGGAUCCUGAAAAAUAUGAGGAGCUUCUUCAGGUGAUAAAGAAAUUUAGGGAUGAAGAGCUUGAGCACCAUGACAUAGGCCUGGAACAUGAUGCAGAACUGGCUCCAGCAUAUGCCCUUCUGAAGAAGAUUAUCCAGGCUGGGUGCAGUGCAGCGAUAUAUUUAUCAGAAAGACUCUAAGUCUUUGCUCUGGAUUUCUUUGAAUGCUGCUCCCACAGUAACAAGCUUGGAAUAGCCUACCAGAGGAUGAAAAAUUACACGGGUCAGAAACAUGCUGUUCCACAUGUACUUAGACAAACCAGUCUACCAACCACUGGACACUGAGAAGGCCAUCCUAGAUCAUUCAGCUCCAGGCAAGCCACCAAGAGACCACUGCAAUCAACUGAGCUGGCCUAGAGCAGAAGAACCACCCUGCCUACCCACAGAAUUGUGAAAAAUAAUAAAUGUUUGUUAUUUAAGCCUUCAA